AUGGGCGUCCCUUGCUUCCAGCUGCUGCAAGAAGACAACAGACUAGAAGGCAAAGCGGCAAUAAUCACAGGUGGAGCAAGAGGAAUAGGAGAGUCCAUUGCAAAACACUUCUUUAAUCCUGGAGCAAAAGUUGUAAUUGCAGACAUCCUAGACGAUUUAGGUAACUCUCUUUCCAACCAUCUCUCCUCUUCAUCUACUUCCUUCGUCCACUGCAACGUAACGAAAGAAACCGACGUCGAAAAUGUCGUUAACACCGCCGUUUCCAAAUACGGAAAGCUAGACAUCAUGUUCAACAACGCAGGCAUUCCAGGAGCUCUCAAGUUCAACAUACUCGAAAACGAAUAUUCAGACUUCCAAAACGUACUCAAUGUCAACCUAGUUGGAGCCUUUUUAGGCACAAAACAUGCAGCAAAAGCAAUGAUUCCAGCAGGUCAAGGCAGCAUAGUUAUAACUGCAAGUGUUUGUUCAAGCAUUGGUGGGAUUGGGCCAUAUGCUUACACAAGUUCAAAGCAUGGGUUGUUGGGAUUAAUGAGGAAUGCAACUAUUGAUUUGGGAAGAUAUGGAAUAAAGGUGAAUUGUGUGUCACCUCAUGUAGUCCCAACUCAAAUGACAAGAGAACAUUUUAAGUUGAAAGAUGGUGAUGAGUUUCCUGAUGUUUAUUCUCAUAAUUUCAAAUGUGGAGAUAUUUUAAGGAAAGAAGAUGUAGCUGAAGUUGGUUUGUAUUUAGCAAGUGAUGCAUCUAGAUUUGUUAGUGGACAUAACUUUGUUCUUGAUGGAGGCUUCACUGCAGGAAACCAAGGUCUUUGCUCCUAUCAACAAUUUGGUAACUGAAAUAUAAAUAAUUAUUAAACCCAAAGAACAAAAGUUGGUCCUUUUCAAAAUUCUCUAAUUCCUAUAGUUUCCUUUUUGUGUGGUUUUAUGUCCCAAGUAAGUCAUUACUACUUGUUUUAGUUGUACCUUUCAUUUCUCUAUGUUUGACAUUAUUAUAAGAAUAUCCAAUAAUUAUAAAAGCUUUGGGUUCUUGAA